GAUAAAUUUUUUUCCAUUAGACCCAUAUAGGCGCAUACACUUGGAAUAUUUCCCCUAUAAAAAAUCUCACCCUCCUUCCUACAAAUCAAUAACACAUGGCUGAAAGCAUAAUUUAUGAAGAUACUCCCUUCGCUGAGUAUCUUGCAGAGAUCGGUAGUAAAGAAGAGCUAAUAAAGCAACCUGAGAUAUUUGAACUUGAAAGGCAAUUUUCACAACAUAGCGAAGCUGAAAUGAAUUUUAUCGCUCGACUUACGUGUGAUACUAUCGAGUAUCUUAAGGAAGCUUUUUCAACAGCUUUGCCAAUACAAGAAGAAAAUCAGUUCGAAGAACGCUUUAAAUACCUAUUAUGUACAUCACACCUUUUAAAUGAUACAUUGUCGAUUUACUUCUAUGACAGUAAAAAACCUAGUAUAACAGAACUUAGGGAAUCCGGAUUAUAUGCUGGUGGACUUUCGCGACGAAAUUUUGAAGUUCUUUUUAGUGCAGUAAUCGGGUUGACAAUUGUAUUCUUGACAUGGUUGAUACAUGAUGCAGAAGCCAAAGAUUUUAGAACAACAAUGAUUCGAUUACCUGCUGCAUUCCUUUUGGCUAUGUUCGCUUCCUUUUUCUUAUACCGUCGCAUGCGACGAAAAGCUGUCAAGACGUUAUAUGAUUCCGCAUUACAUUACAUGGAAACACUUGUAUAUAAUUGCCAAAAUCUCGAUUUAAAGAUCAAUAAAGCGUUAAUUAUGAUUCAAGAGAUUGAGUUAGUAUCUCGUGGUUAUAGAUUAUCAAUGCCAUUGUCUCCAAUUUCUCGUAUAGAACAAAAUUCAAACAAUCGACGUUGUCUUGCACUUCGGGAAACUGUAUAUAAUAUACUUCAAGAAGCUUUUUUGACCUAUCAUAAUGCUAUAGUUGUUAUGAAACCAGAAAUUUCAAACCAUAAUUUAAAUAUUAUGUAUAACAUGUAUAAUAUCGUUCCGUGUAAUGAAGAUGAUGAAUGGAUUAAGGAAGAAGAGAAUGAUACACAUUCUUUGGAGAAUUUGAAAUUAUGUUUUCAGAAAAUGCACACGAAACGUAGAGAAUGUCUUUGUCAUUUCCUUGCACUGGAUGUAAUGACACCCGGAAGAGAUUCUCAUCGAAGAGAUUAUGAAAGCCAUUGGGCAGCAGUUAAUAAUCACUUAAAUAAUUUGAGUGUGGUUACUGGACUUUUCUUGGAUAGGGUUAUUGUUGCUUCGGCUAGCGAAUUAUACACAAUACCAUCAUCUAAACAAGAUUUUAUGUCUCAACCAUCUCCUGCUAUCAUUACCAAUAAGAAACUUAAGUCUUAUCUUCAUCGUCUUGCAUGUAUAGAACAGCAUAUUCGUGGUAUUCAAGCUAAAUUAUAUAUUUGUAAUGAGGAUGCUCGCAAAUUCUACGAAACUGAAGGAGCGUCGAAUGAAAAUGAAAAAGAAUGCCUAAUGAAUCAAUACGAAUCUAUAAGCAAAGAUUUUACUUAUAUUUUCCAGGAAUGGGAAGAGGGAAAGAGAGUAUUGAAGGAAAUGACGGACCCGAUACCAAGAGAUCCAGAUUCUAUUGGGCCACAUCAGUCUUCAGUUGAAAAUGUUGAAAUUCCAAAUAAUAACAAUGAACCUAUAGAAAAUAGUUCCGAGAAACCUCUCAUUGAUUGGACACAAACGGAUGAACCAUUAGAUGUACCUGCACAAGUAUUCGAAGCAGAGGCUGAACCAGAAGUUAUAAAAAAGAAGUUAACGAGAGAAGAAAGGAUUACCAUUCAAAAAGCCAAGAGAACACAAGAGGAGAAGGCAAAGUCUGUACGUCAGGAUUCUGAACGUAUGGUACAUGAGUUGAAAGAUGUAUUAGUACGGCGGAAGCCCAUGAAUUAUGAAAGUGAGAUGUUAAAGUCCUCUUCAGAAGAACCAGAACGAAUACAAUUGCAUGGUUCUCGUGUUGCUGUUGCAACAAAUUAAACAUAACAAUGUUAUAUAAACAUGUUAUUUAAAAUUAAUUAUAUAAAAAUUUAGUAAUAUAAUUAUUUUAUUACAAUACAUUUUAUUUAUAGACAAUAUUUAAAUACGGUAGUUUUAUCUACAGUAUAGCCGUCAAUUAUUUAAUGACACCUUAAAAAACAUCCCCUUAGAUAAGGGAGAUUUUUUGUCUCUUCAUACAAUAUUGUAUGAUUACUAUUUUUUUUUCCCAUAACACAUAACACAAAUAGUAAUUAGCACACUAAUUAUUAUCAAUAAAAUCUUUUUUUUUGAAUUUGUAAAUUCUCAUCUCUAAAAAUUAAACAACGAUUUUUUAAUA